CCUCCGGCCCGCGGCGCGGGUUGUCUAUGGCUUGGCUUGGCGGCGGCGGUGGCCAUGGCGCCCUUCCCCGAGGAGGUGGACGUGUUCACCGCACCGCACUGGCGCAUGAAGCAGCUGGUGGGGCGCUACUGCGACAAGCUCUCGAAGACGAACUUUUCCAACAACAAUGACUUCCGUGCUCUCCUGCAGUCUCUGUAUGCCACUUUUAAGGAGUUCAAGAUGCAAAGCAGAUCUGAGAACGAGUACAUCAUCGGUUUGCUCCAGCAGCGCAGCCAGACCAUCUACAAUGUGCAUUCGGACAACAAGCUCUCUGAGAUGCUCAGCCUCUUUGAAAAGGGACUGAAGAACGUGAAGAAUGAAUAUGAGCAGUUAAAUUAUGCAAAACAGCUAAAAGAGAGACUGGAGGCAUUUACAAGAGAUUUUCUUCCUCACAUGAAAGAGGAAGAGGAGGUUUUUCAGCCCAUGUUAAUGGAAUAUUUUACCUAUGAAGAGCUGAAGGAUAUUAAAAAGAAAGUGAUCGCCCAACAUUGCUCCCAGAAGGAUACUGCAGAACUCCUGAGAGGCCUCAGCCUGUGGAAUCAAGCUGAAGAGCGACAGAAAUUUUUUAAAUACUCUGUGGAUGAAAAGUCAGAGAAAGAAGCAGAAAUAUCUGAACCGUCCACAGGGAUAGCCCACCUUCCUCCUGAAGUGAUGCUCUCGAUUUUCAGUUAUCUGAAUCCUCAAGAAUUGUGUCGCUGCAGUCAAGUGAGCACUAAAUGGUCUCAGCUGGCCAAAACUGGAUCGCUGUGGAAACAUCUCUAUCCUGUUCAUUGGGCCAGAGGUGACUGGUACAGUGGCCCCGCCACGGAAUUUGACACUGAACCCGACGAGGAGUGGGUGAGAAACCGAGAAGACGAGAGCCGUGCUUUUCAGGAGCGGGAUGAAGACGCCGAUAUAGAUGAAUCUGAGGAGUCUGCCGAGGAAUCAGUUGCCAUCAAUAUUGCACAAAUGGAAAAACGUUUACUUCAUGGCUUAAUUCAUAAUGUUCUGCCACAUGUUGGAACUUCUGUAAAAACUUUAGUAUUAGCGUACAGCUCUGCAGUUUCCAGCAAAAUGGUUCGGCAGAUACUGGAGCUUUGCCCUAACUUGGAACAUCUGGAUCUGACCCAAACAGACAUUUCAGAUUCUGCAUUUGACAGUUGGUCUUGGCUUGGUUGCUGCCAGAGUCUUCGGCAUCUGGAUCUGUCUGGCUGUGAGAAAAUCACAGAUGCGGCUCUAGAGAAGAUCUCUAGAGCUCUCGGGAUUCUCCCAAAUCAUCCUAGUGGUCUUUUGAAAGCUUCUUCGAGCCAAGUUCCUUCAGCUACGUGGAAAAAUAAUGAUACUGCUCUGCAGCCCACCAGCCCUCUGGCUUGUUUGCCUGAUUUGACUGACGAGGGUUUUGGACGAGAAAUAGAUAACGAACACCCCUGGACUGAGCCUGCUGCUUCUGAGAAUGUCGCUUCUCCUUACGUGUGGAUGUUAGAUGCUGAAGAUCUGGCUGACAUCGAAGAUGCUGUCGAGUGGAGACACCGGAACGUUGAGAGUCUCUGUGUGAUGGAGGCAGCAUCCAACUUCAGCUGCGCCUCCUCUUGCUGUUACAGUAAGGACAUUGUUGGACUAAGGACUAGUAUCUGUUGGCAACAGCAUUGUACUUCCCCUGCUUUUGCCUAUUGUGGUCAUUCGUUUUGUUGUACAGGAACAGCCCUAAGAACUAUGUCAUCACUCCCAGAGUCCUCUGCAUCUUGUAGCAAAGCAUUAAGGACUACAUUGCCUAGGGAAAAAGACUUGGUUUACUCUGGGAGUGAGAAAUGUGACCAAGAGACUGGACGUGUUCUCCUUUUUCUCAGUCUGUCUGGAUGUUACCAGAUCACAGAUCAUGGACUCAGGGUUUUGACUCUGGGAGGAGGGCUGCCCUAUUUGGAGCACCUUAAUCUCUCUGGUUGUCUCACGGUCACUGGUGCCGGCCUGCAGGAUUUGGUUUCAGCAUGUCCUUCUCUCAACGAUGAAUAUUUCUACUACUGUGACAACAUUAAUGGUCCUCAUGCUGACACCGCCAGUGGAUGCCAGAAUUUGCAGUGUGGUUUUCGAGCCUGCUGCCGCUCUGGCGAAUGACUCUUGACCUUCUACUACUGCUACUACUACUACUACUACUACUACUAAAAAGUAGACUUUUGUCUACUUCAUUUAGAUGAGCAGGCUUCCUUUCAUGCACUUUACUCACAGCACAUUUCUUGUGUUAACCAUCCCCAUUUGGAUUGGGGUUUGUUUUGGCCCAGUUUCUCACAGGAACACCCCUCCCCUGCCCCUUCUUAAUUUUGACCAGUGAAUUUCUCAGUAUUGUCUUUUCUUUUAAGUAGUAUUUUUGUUUUGGAAAGGGAAGAGGUCCGUCCCCCCCUGCCCCGCCCCCAAAGUUGAGAUUAAGAACAAUCCUAACCAUCCCUUUUCUUUUUUAAGUUGAAUUGGAAAAAAAAGUCACUAAUGCUAUGCCACUUAUAAUACUUCUAAGAUUAUAUUGAGUUUUAAAAUUAAUGGGUUUAUUGGUUCUCUUUAUCUCUAAAACACUACCAGGCUUUCUUUGCGGAUCUUUUCAGACAUACCGUUGGAAGUCUUAUUUUAAAAACUACAUAUUUUGGAAACAAGUCUCCCCCCUUCUUUUAACCCCAAAUGUUUUCUUCAACAAAUCUGAAAGCCAAUUCAAAUGUACCCAUAAAUAAGAUUCUACAAUAAAUUGGCUUCUUGGUGUUAGCUCAGUGAGCUUGAAGAGCACCACUAUAUUUUUAUUUGCUUUCUUCAAAGACCCCUUCUUCCUGCUGUCAUCCUUAAAUUGUCAAAUUGGUGGGGAGGGGAAAGUGCAGGACUUAAAAAAAAUAGUUCCACAAUCAUUUGAGGAAAUGUAUAAUAAAAUCUACUUUGAGGACUA